GUGUUUCACAAAAAAAUGAAUAAAGUGUAAUUACAAGGAUAUGUGAAUGACCUGUAGUUUACUUCUGAAAAAUAUGCAAUGGGUAUCAGUUGUGCUUUUGGGUGUAUCGGGAUGAUUUCUGCUGGUAUAACACGCUAAUGGCGAUGCAAUUUUUAUACUGAUUUUAUAGAUUUUAAAGCUUACUUCUAGAUUUUAAAUAUAAUUUUUCAGUAAUCAUAAUUCGAACACUCCUCGACUAAACAUCUUUUGUACUAAAUCAAACCAUGACAUUCUAUUUAAUUUAAGAGAUCACACCGUAAGCACCACACCAACAAUAACCAACCUACCAACAAAUUACCGAUCACACUUUUUAUGUUUCAUACUAGUAUAUAAUGUAAUAUAAAUUUAAACAGUACUGUUAAGGGCAAAUAUAUACUUUACUUCAUAUUCUACUUUUCAUUCCAUCUCUCAAGAGCACUGCUUAAUUCAUCUCCCUGAAGAAAUAAAUGGGAGAUGCAAAUUCAACCAAAGAAAACAUUAUGGACUCCGUGCGCGAGGUGGUCUUUAAACAAUCAGAGAACCUAGAAGGUUCUUGCAGUAAAAUUGAGGGCUACGAUUUCAAUCAAGGAGUCGACUAUCAUCAGCUUCUUAGCUCCAUGCUCUCCACUGGUUUUCAAGCCUCCAAUCUUGGUGAGGCAAUUCAAGUUGUCAAUCAAAUGCUAGAUUGGAGGCUUGCAAACGAGCCUAUAGCCGAGGAUUGCACCGAAGAGGAGAGAGAUCCAGCAUUUAGAGAGUCAGUUAGGAGCAAGUUGUUUUUGGGGUUUACUUCAAAUCUUGUCUCUUCUGGUGUCCGUGACACCAUUAGGUAUCUUGUUCAGCAUCAUAUGGUUGAUGUAGUGGUUACUACAGCUGGUGGAGUGGAAGAAGAUCUUAUAAAGUGCCUUGCACCCACGUAUAAGGGUGAAUUUUCAUUAGCUGGUGCUGCUCUGCGCUCUAAAGGACUAAAUCGUAUUGGGAACUUGCUGGUUCCGAAUGACAACUACUGCAAAUUUGAGGAUUGGAUCAUUCCAAUAUUUGACCAGAUGUUGGAGGAGCAGACUGCCAAGGGUGUGCUAUGGACACCAUCAAAGUUAAUUGCUCGCUUGGGGAAAGAAAUUAAUCACGAGAGUUCAUAUCUGUACUGGGCAUAUAAGAACAAUGUAUCUGUCUAUUGCCCUGGAUUAACAGAUGGCUCAUUAGGGGAUAUGCUCUACUUUCACUCUUUCCGUAAUCCUGGUCUAGUCGUUGAUCUAGUGCAAGAUAUAAGAGCCAUGAAUGGUGAGGCAGUACAUGCAAGUCCUAGGAAGACUGGGAUGAUAAUUCUUGGGGGAGGACUACCCAAACAUCACAUUUGCAAUGCCAAUAUGAUGCGUAAUGGUGCAGAUUUUGCUGUCUUCAUCAACACAGCUCAGGAAUUUGAUGGAAGUGACUCCGGUGCUCGUCCAGAUGAAGCUGUAUCUUGGGGAAAAAUUCGUGGUUCUGCGAAGACAGUAAAGGUACAUUGUGAUGCAACUAUUGCAUUUCCUUUGUUGGUCGCAGAAACAUUUGCUACAAGGAAAAAGAAUUAUCCGGAUGCCAAGCCCUGAUAUGUUUCUUGUGAUGCAGACCUUGCUCUGUAUUUUACUUGUGUAAAUUUAAUUUACAGCAAACUGAUCCUAUUUAUUACAAAAUACGUCAAUGCUAGGGAGUAGAAGCUUGUCAGCCGCAGAUCUAUUCAUUUGGCUAAUAUUGUCAAAACACUAGCGUAGAUUUUGGAACGCAGUCUUAUGAACAUGAAUCUUUCAAGUUCUCGGAAGUGUAAUUUUCACCAAGGAAGGAAAUGUCUAUCCUUAUUUGCAAAUCAGAGAAUAUGUUUGUAACCUAGAUUAAUAUGAAAGCCACUUAUUAUUAGAAAA